UGUAGUUGUGUUUCUGUUUUAUCUUUAUUUGCUUCAGAGUGUGAAGCGGUGGAGAUUUGGAGGGCGAGUUGUUCUGUCCGCUCAUCUCUGAGACUAUGGUAGACUGUGCGUCAGGGAGCCCUUCAUCAGCAGCUGCAGCCCUAGAGCAUGGAGAAGUCCAGCAGUGAGGAGUCAGCCAUUCACCGUAGCCCUUCCGUAGAUAGCCGUGACUCCGACUUUGCUCAAGCCUCCACGUCUGGCCGCCCGUUUGGCGGCCGCGGGUUCACUGCCGGUGCUUUCUACGGCUCCACGGGGCCGCGCAAAAACGCACAGCAGGGGCAGGCUGGAGCAGCUGGAGCUGACGCCAGCACAGGAGACAAGUCCAACAGCAAGCACAGCUCACCUAAAGGCAGCAAAUACGUUGUCUUUUACCUGGAUCUAUCCUUUGUGUUCCUUUUAGAAUUCAAGAAGUGCAACAUGGCAAGAGGCUGCCUGUGCUGCUUGAAGUACAUGAUGUUCAUCUUCAAUCUCAUCUUUUGGUUAUGUGGCUGUGGGCUGCUCGGCGUGGGCAUCUGGCUCUCCGUGUCGCAGGGCAGCUUCGCCACCUUCUCGCCCUCAUUCCCCUCACUGUCGGCUGCCAACAUGGUCAUUGCCAUCGGUGCCAUCGUCAUGGUAACGGGCUUCCUUGGUUGCCUGGGUGCCAUCAAGGAGAACAAGUGCCUGCUUCUGAGCUUCUUCAUCGUCCUGCUGAUAAUACUCCUGGCAGAGCUGAUACUGCUCACCCUUUUCUUUGUGUACUCAGAUAAGGUGAGUGAGAAUGCUAAGCAGGACCUGAAGGAUGGGCUGGCUCUCUACAACUCAGAAAACAACAUAGGAUUGCGAAAUGCCUGGAACAUCAUCCAAGCAGAGUGGAAAUGCUGCGGUGUGAUAUCAUACACAGACUGGCAUGAGGCCCUGAAGGAGAAAGUAGUUCCUGACCGCUGCUGCCAGGAGCAUUAUCAGAACUGUGGACGUAACUCCACCAACAUGUUCUGGAACAGGGGCUGCUUUGAGAAAGUGGAGGAAUGGCUGGAUGAAAACAAGCACCUGCUGGGAACCAUAGGCAUGGUCAUCUUGGUAGUGCAGCUCAUGGGCAUGGCGUUCUCCAUGACUCUGUUCCACCACAUCCACAGAACGGGGAAGAAAUACGACGCUUAGCCUUGCGGGGAGGCACCCGAUUGAGAGGAGCCCCACUGCCUGAUGGGAUAAGACUCUUGAUUUUAACACCCCAACCCCCACCCACCCCACUUGAUAACCUCUUUAGAGCAUCCUUUGCCCCCGCGCCACUUCCCCAGACCCUCUGUACAGAUUCCAGCUGUGUCCCCGCUCUGAUCUGCUCUUUCCACUCACCAUUCAUUUUGCCAAAGAGUAACACAACUGAAAGAGAAGGGACACCUACUUUUGGCAAGGAAGAGAAUCCCAUUGGUUGUCACUCCUCUUGAGUGUUUUUUCUUUUCUUUUCUUUUCUUUUUUUUUUUUUGCU